AUGGAAAAUAUCAGAGAGUUUGGUAGUCAACCUUCCAACUCUUCAAAUGAUGGGUCUAUAGUAGUGGAAGCCCAAAUUGUUGACACAAAUAGUCAACAGAAUGUGCAACCUACUACUGCUGUUCCUGCGAAGAAAAGGAAGCAAGUUGAUUCCAGAUCAAGAGUUUGGGAUCAUUUUGAAAGAAUUACUGAUGCUAGUGAUGUUACUAUAGUAUUUGUGGAUGGUCCAGGGUUUAGGAAGUUCAUUCUGGUGGCUUGUCCUAUGUUUAAGAUUCCAUCUAGAUGGACAAUAAGUAGGGACAUCAGUCUGAUUUAUGAAGAGGAAAGGCUGAAGGGUGAGUACAUUGCAAAAGCCCUGGAAACUUGUUUGCUUGACUGGGGGAUUAGGAAUGUAUAUACUAUUACAGUAGAUAACACAUCAUCUAAUGACACUUCCCUAGGUUUUCUUAAAAAGAAAUUGUUGUCUUGGGGAACAUCUACUGUGAAAGCCAAAUAUAUUCACAUGAGAUGCAUUGCCCAUAUUCUAAACUUAGUUGUGCAAGAUGGGCUGAAAUAUUGUGAUGUUUCUGUGAAAAAGGUUAGGAAAGCUGUGAGAUAUGUGAGAAAUUCACCUGCUAGGCUUAAGAAAUUUAAGGACCUGUCUUCCUGGAUUGGAAUUGAACUGAAAUCUUCCUUAUGUCUAGAUGUUCCAACUAGGUGGAAUUCUACAUAUCUUAUGUUACAAUCUGCAAUCUCUUACCAGAAAGUGUUUGAAGCAUUUGAAGAGAGUGAUAGUUCAUUCAAAUCAGAUUUGGGAGAGUCUGUUCCUGAUUUUCUUGAUUGGGAAUCUGUUAAGAGCUUGGUAGAAGUCUUGAAAUGUUUUUAUGAUAUGACAAUCAGAAUUUCAGGUUCUUUAUAUGUCACAUCUAACGCAUUUUUUUCUGAAAUUUCUGAUUUAUAUUGCCUCUUGAAUGGCUUGGUGGAAGUUGGUGGGUCUGUGAAACUUAUGGGGCUUAAUAUGAAGGCCAAAUUUGAAAAAUAUUGGGGGAAAUAG